AUGGAAGUUAACGAGGAACUACGGUUUGAGGGGUGCAAUUUUAUGAGACAACGUCUUAUCUUCUCAAUUUUGAGUGGCCGUCCUGUUACAAUUACAAAAAUACGUUCAUCGAAUUUUGAGAACAAACUGCUGUCGCUUUUAGAAAAAGUUACAAAUGGAACGAGGAUUGAAAUUGGUCAAACAGGUACUGAGAUACGCUUCACACCAGGAGUGCUUCAUGGUGGUUCUGUAACACUUGAUUGCGGAGUUGGUAGAUGUUUAAGUUUCUUUUUGGAACCACUGAUCGUGUUGGCACCAUUUUGUAAGUAUCCUCUUGACGUAAGACUGAAGGGAGUUACUAAUGCACCAAAUGAACUGAGCGUUGAUGCGAUUUAUGCAACGUGGAGGCCUGUAUUCAAUAGGUUUAUUAUUGCAGAUGACCCUCUUUCGAUUAAAAUAAUAUCUCGCGGUUUGAAGCCCGAUGGGGGAGGGGACGUGUCAUUUAAAGCUCCUAUAAUAAAUUCCCUUAAACCAGUGCAGUUUGAGAGGCCAGGUAAGAUUGCUAAAAUACGGGGUACUGCGUAUGUAACAAAAGUUUCUCCUUCAAUAGCUCAUCGGAUGAUUGAAGGAGCUAAGAAUGGUUUACGUAAUUUUAUUGCCGACGUUUAUAUUACUAUUGAUCAACGGAAGGGUGCAAGUGGUGGAAAUUCUCCGGGCUAUGGUAUAUUUCUGACUGCAGAAACUACGGAAGGAGUUACGUAUCACGGGGAAGCUAUAUCAAGACCUAAGGGUGAAGAAGGAAACCCACUGAUCCCAGAAGAAGUCGGAUAUUCUGCAGCAGAAGCGUUGUUGGAUGAAGUUUAUAAGGGUGGCUGCGUAGAUUCUUCCGCUCAGGCUUUUACUGCCACAUUUAUGACUUUGGGAAGUAAAGACAUUUCAAAGUAUUUGUUUGGACCUCUAACUAGUUAUUGCGUUAACGCCUUACGGAAUUUGCAUGCAUACUUCGGAAUUUGUUUCAAAAUAGACGAUUGGUGGAGAAUAAGAGAUGAGAAGGAGAAGACUCUCAAGAUGGGUUCUGAAGAUAAGGCGCUUAUGACAUGUGUGGGGAUUGGUUAUCGCAACCUCAAUAAAACCGUACUUUAG